UAGUCCCCGGUUGUGCCCCGAUGUAGACCUCCACUCCACCAACCAGUAUAAACCAAGUAGUAUCGGUAGAAAAGCCCGGUAGAGUGGACGUCGUCAUCGUUUUGACCUCAACUUAAAAGAAAAAGACCUUUUUCGUGUCGAUUCGUUUGCGAAAAGAAAUCACCGUAUUAAUGAAGUAAUUAAAAUUUGAAUUUAUUUUAUAAUUUUAAUUUAUAUUGAUGAAGAAAAUUUUGUGUUAUACCGUGGUUUGUUGUGAGCGUCGAAGAGUUUACCUGUUACUUGGUAACAUGUGACCCUGAAGCUCUAUCGAACCACAAAAGCUGGGUUUCUUCUCUUGUGAUGGUGUUAGUUUUCGCGUUUUAAACACGUAGUGGGUGUGUUUUCUGUUGAGGGACUUUCUCUUUUUGCCCUUUUCAAACAGUUAAAAUAGAACAAUUGUAAGGUUGUUAGAAUUCAAGAAAAAGAAGAAUCGUCUAAAAAAUGUCUAAUUUAGAAGCUUUUGAGGCGGAUUUAAUCGAUUUCGCUGGUUCUCCACCAAAUAUCUCAUCCCCAAUCAACGAAAACAUUUCAAAUCUUGAAGAUGAUUUAACAACGGAUAAUUUAAUCGAUUCAGACGUUACAAUACUCGAAAAGAAACUUCAAAAUUCUAUAAAUAAUCCAGUAAAUAAAACGUUUAUUGAUACAAUCGAUGUUGAAGAUAUUUUAAUUGAUUUAGAUGAUGAUGAGGAUGAUGUUAAUGAGGCUGGGGAUUUAAAUAAUUUCGUCCAAGAUAGUGAAGUAUUAAGUGUUUUAGAACAAUUAGAUAAAGUAAUUAAUGAUUCUUUGGAAGAUUGCGAUGUUGUCAUAGAAGAAGAAGAAUUAGUAAGGAUUUAUCUUGAAGAAUUAGAUUCUUAUUUAAAAAAUAUUGAAACGAAUUGUUCUUUCAUCGAUUACGAAGAAGAAGGCUGCAAAGAAAAUUUAGAAAGAAAUCUACAAGAAAUCAGUUUAUGUUCAAAUUCUUCGAAUUCCUCAAUAACUUCGCCCUCUUGUUGUGCAAAUUUAUUACGAAAAUCAUCUAGUUUUAGAUUUUCAUCAAGCGAAUCGACGAGAAACGAAGCGUUUCGACGUUCGCACCCAUAUCGUUCAACCGUUUCAAGCAUUUCAACAUCACUUCCUCCAUUAAAAAUUGAAAAAAAUCAACAAAAUAUUCCCCAAACGGCUUCUUCACAUCAUCAAACCCACGAGAUUCAAUCAGAUAAUACCGAAAAUCAAACGGAAAAUGACGAACAAGUCCAAAAAUUACAUUCAACGCCCGAACCGCAUUGGUUAAGAAGCUCAAUGCGAAGAUUAAGACAUUUAAGACUUCCCAGCGACACCGGAAAUACACCUACAAUAUCAGUUUCCAAUGAAAAUACAACCAAUGAAGUUGAAAAUGUUGAAAUUGUUGAAAAUCGCCCAAUUGAGACGAGAAAUCAACGACCAACGAGCGCACCUUCGGUUUUAAUCGGUGCGGAAGAACGGUCACCAGCCAGUUCGGAAACCGGAAAUGAAGUUCCCCCAGGAAAUAGAACCCGGAUAAAUUCCUCUUCGUCACGGAAUAGGAGGCAUACUAGUCCCUCUUCGAGCGAAUCGAGUGUUGCGACUACUGUUGAUAGCACACCGAGUUGUACUCCAAUUCCAUCACCGAUCAGAGUGGGUGCUACCGAUGAAGGUGGAGGAACGAAUUCGAGGAGGUUAUGUGAAAGAGUAAGAUCUGAAUUGCCGGAUGUAGAAAGUCCAUUAGGACAUUGGCCGCACAGUUUAAGUUCAAUGUUAGCCUGUUUAAGCUGUUCACUAGGAUUAUUCAAUAUUUGCCGCUUUGCAAUAUUAAGCAUACAUUUCGGGGCAAAUUUUAUAUUUCAAUUUUUUAUAUUAUCCAUGGUUAUUGGUUUACCAAUGUUUACGUUACAAUUAUGUCUCGGGCAACAACUUGGAGCCGGAGUUAUUGAUAUGUGGAGAAUUUCACCUCUUUUUCAAGGCGUCGGUGUCUCAUUAUUAGUUUCACAAGCUUUAAUUGGACUUUAUAGUAUAACAGGAGUUUCAUGGAUGUUUGUUUAUUUCCGGGAUAGUUUUAUAACAAAAAUGGAUAAAUAUCGAUGGGCAGAACCUUUCAUGCAAUACAGAAAAGAUCAACCUUUAAAUACAUCAUUUAAACUUUCGGAUACAAUUCCGGAUUACUUAAGCGGCGUAGUUUACCAACGAACAAACUUAGUUUACGGAAACGUUUACGGAACGAUAAAGUUUCAACCUGCUUUUAAUUUAGCUGUUGUUUGGAUGAUUGUUUUCGUAUCAUUAAGUAAAGGUCUCAGAUCUUACGGGAAAGUUGUUUUUGUAUUUACGUUACUUCCUGUGUUCGCUAUGUUUAUUUUCUGUGCGAAAUUAUUGGGAAUGAUGCCGCCGGAAUACAUUCACAUCGUUUUCCCUGAGACUUCGUGGGGCGAAUUUUUCUUAAAUUCGAAAAGUUGGGUUGCCGCCGGACAAGAAACCUUUUUAACUUGGGGUUUAUUAAGCGCUGCGGUUAUGCAAUUGGCUUCGCAUAAUAAAAAUAAACACUUAUUGCAAAGGGAUUCGAGUUUAAUUGCAGUUUUAACGUUUAGCAUUUUAAUUUUGGUUGCUUUUUUGGCGAAUACCUGUGUGCAAAUUUUACAUUCUUAUGGAUAUGUUUAUCAACCGAAUUCUUUUGAAAAAAUGUCAUCUUAUGGUUUUUUAAGACCGUUAAGGGAUAAUUUACCUGGAAAUUCAGGAUCAACUCCUUUAAGAUAUAUGGGACAUAAUUCUUACAUCCUUGGUGAGAAAGUAUUAAAACCCGGGAUGGAUACAACAACAGAAAGCGGGUAUCAAGUUUUACGAUUUGCCACAGAAUUGAUUCCAGCAACAUUUGCUUUGUUGGGUUCGGAAAAAAUUUCACCGUUUUGGGCCGUUUUAUUUUAUUUUAUCUUGAUUUUAUUUGGAAUCGCUCAACAAUUAGCUAUUUGGCAUUGCGUCAUCACUGGAAUCAUGGCUAUUAAAGCUAAAGUACUGAAAUCGUGGGAAACAACAAUUACAUUUUUUAGUUGUACGUGCGGAUUUGUUUUAGGAUUACCAAUGACUACAGAACUUGGAGUUUAUGUCGUUUAUUUCCUUGAUGUUACAAUUGGAGGACUUUGGUGGUUAAUUCUCGUAAUACUAUUACAAAUAAUCGCUGUUUUUAUGGUCCGAGGAAGACCUUAUAGUGGAGAUACUGUUGUUACAGCUCUUUUUAAACACUCAUCACCUUCUUGUGUUUAUAGUUGGGCCCCAGCUUUAUUAUCCUUCGUUUGGAACGUUAUUUUACCCGUUGUUUUAAUGAUUUUUUGCGUGGCUUUUUUUAAAAAUGGUAAUUUCCGGGAACUCUUUAUAUGGCACCAUGCCCCAACCGAUGAAUAUUGGCCUCUUUGGGCGCGCCAAAUUGGUUCCAUCAUCCAACUUUUACCAGUUUUGUGUAUUCCGAUAAUUGCAGUCAUUCAAAGUUAUCGAUAUUUAAAUAAUGGACCACCAGAUAUCUUAGACCGAAUACAAUAUUUAUACCGUCCCCCACUUGGAGAACACAUGGAUUCUUUGGCUAUACAAGAAAUCGCUUCAACCAUUUUGGCAACAUCCGUUGUUGUACCGGAAGUAGUCCGCUCGGAAGAUCCUCCACCAAAAUAUACUCCCCCACCAUCUUAUACCACCGCAACCGGUGCCCGAAUCGCAAAAUUCCUUCGGCAAAGUAUUCGAAGGAGCGUUCGAAGAAUAGCAAACGCUUUAGGUGAAGGAAGUUCACGACAAACCUCCUCAAACAUCCCCGAAUCAUCAAGCACAGUCGUGGUGGUACCUCCACCUGAUUAUAACGCCGUUUUAGUUGAAAUGAAUAACCAAACUGGUUCAGAGAAUGUUAAUCAAGUUUCGGUUUACGUGACGAACGCCUCGAACACGACAACGGAUGGUUUAACAGCGGCUCAAGUAGCGAAUAUUUUAAGGGGGAGUUUUAGAAGAAACGAAACUGGAACUGCUUCUUUAAGUGCGGAAAAUUUGGUUGAUUCAGCUGUUCCUAUCGGGGAAUCUUCCCUUGUAACUGACGAUAAAACUAUAUGUGAUACUGUGAUAUAGUUUAUUAAGAAUUUUUUUAACACGUUUUAUUCUGUGCCAUUUUUUUUGCUGCAAUCUCUUAUAUUUUCGUUCUUCCCACUUUGAAAGUCAUUAAUUUUAGAUGUAAAUAUGAUUUAAAAUAAUCGACAAUUAAUCUCACAUUAUUUUAAAUCAAAGAUGUGUAAAUUAAUGUAAAUAUUUAUUGAAAAACCAAAACUAUAAAGACUUGUGAAAGCUUAAAAUUGGUAAAUAGUUAUAAUUAUAUUAGGAAUAUUUAAGACGCAAUUUUUCUCAAUAAAUUUUUUUUAAAUGUU